CGGAUCGUAAGGAGGGCUUAUUAAUUCUGAACUAGUAUUUUAUUGUUCAAGUUUCCCGCUGCUGCGAUUGUUGCAUUGUUACCUCGGAAAAGUGUUAAUGAGGCUGCUGGUGUACGGAUAUUUAAGAUGAUAUUUCCUGUUGAGAUUUGGCAGAUUAUAUUUCAAUACUGCGAUGCGGUUACUCUUACGAGACUGCGUCGAGUUUGCCAUAUGUGGAAUGGAGUUAUAGAAGAAGUUUUGACGAAUUCCGAUGCGUGGUAUAGGAUGUGCAAAAAGGGUAUUCCAAAGUAUUUGUGGAGUGCGAUAUUGGAAAAGUUAAGACCGAAAUUAUAUCACAAUAAUAUAGAACAAUUGCGAAUGGACUCUUGUAUGUGGGUGCAGAUGUAUCGAUCCUGGAUUAAGUGGCGACAAUUCACAAAGCGAGACGCAUCUAUAGAUCGAAUCAAUUUGUCUCCCGAAUUGCAGCCAAUGGAGCAGAUUACGUGUGUUGCAACUUUAGAGAAUAUAUUGGGUGUGGGAAGUAUCGAAGGAUACAUCAGAUUCUACGAUAUAUCUAGUAGUGAGAAAAAGCCAAUAUUCAUUGCAGACCAAGCUGAAUGCGUGUGCGACUUACAUCUUUUUACAAAUGCAGAAUGUGAUAUCAUUGCUGUAUCGUCAUCGAUCCAUAAGAAAGUAAGGUUCUGGGACGUUGGAUCUAAGAAACGACUGGUUCAGAUGUACAGUGGUAGUUUGAUAAGCACAAGUUGUGGUUACUGUUAUACUGUCGCAAACAAUUCUUUGCUUGCCGAAUGGAGAAUACAGAGGAGUUGCUAUGAAUGCGACGUCGAUGACUUUGUUGCUUUACUAGCAGAUGAGAAUAAGGUAACUCUCUUGACGGAAAAAGGUUACCGAAUUAAGGUAGAAGCAAAUCAUGCCAUAGAGAUCGGAGCCCGAAAAUUUGUUCAGCCACCUAACACAAGUGUGCGCCGAUACUACUUAUUUAAACCAGAAAUUGCUGUUUGCAUUACAGGAAUCGGAACCCUUGGAAUAUCUGCAGGUCACAAACCAUGGAAGAUAUAUAAUAUUUUUUCACUUUUACAUGGAGUACCAACAGCUAUUCUCUUUUACCUGGAGCUUUUCAUUAUAGGAAUUGAUUCAGGUGAAGUACAUGUGUUUCAUGUAGGCGAUGCUAAUUAUUUGGAAGAGUUAGAUUUCAAUUCAAUAGACUCUAAGAGUUUAGUUUUGGGAGAUAACGCAAUAAUUGCAUUAGAUAUUACAUAUUACCAGAAUGAGCAGUAUUUAAUUGCAGCAAGCGAGACUGCCGUACAUAUUACAAAAAUCUGUUAGGUCUUAUGUUUUAAAAGGCCAGAGUGUUUAAAUCAUUAGUUCUUAUAUGUACAUAAAUCUCGUGUGAUAUUCUUGUAGCCAUGUAAAAGAACUUUCUUCGUAUACCCAGUGUCAUAAAUAAUAGUUUUUAUUUAUAUAAGAUAAAGGGUUUCACGUUAAUUUUAACUAAUGUUUCUUAAUGAAGAUACAUUGUCUACUGUGUGAUAUUUGAUACUGAAUACUUCACAUUAAUAUAAAAAAUUAUAUUUUCAAAUGGUA